UUUGUUUGUUACAUAAGCUUUGCAAGACGCCACUCAUUCUGCGUGCCAGGGUAUGCCACACAAAAGGAAGACAUUAAAACAUUUGUUGUAUCUGGUUGCACAGUCUAAACACUUCAGGCUUUUUCUACCUGCUAUCACAUGUUGCAGUCCAUCACUGUGAAAGUGAAACCAAAAGUAAAACUUUAACAUGUGUUUGUUCAUUCAGGAGAAGACCACAGUGAUACUGAGAGACAUCCUUUAACUUAAGAUAUACAGGUACAAUAUCAAGAAUCAAGCAAAAUGUUGAUCAUGGAUAAGCCAGUUUGCCUCAUUGACACAGAGUCAGAUGGGAAGUUGUGUGUACAGGAGUCAGCGCUGGAGAUCCUGCUGAAGAUCGAUCAGCCGGUGGUGGUGGUGGCUGUGGUCGGUCUCUAUCGCACUGGAAAAUCCUACCUGAUGAAUCGACUCGCCGGGAAACAAACAGGGUUUGCGUUGGGCAGCACAAUUGAGUCCAAGACAAAGGGCAUCUGGAUGUGGUGUGUGCCACACCCCACAAAAAAAGAAACCACUCUGGUGUUGCUGGACACAGAGGGACUCGGAGACGUCGACAAGGGAGACUCAAAGCAUGAUACCAAGAUUUUCUCUUUGGCCGUUCUUUUGAGUAGCACUAUAGUCCUGAACACCCGAGGAACUAUUGACAACAGGGCCAUACAGAAACUGCAAUAUGUCACUGAACUAACCAAAUACAUCAAGAUCAAAUCACCUGAUGAAGUUGUAGAUGAUUCAGAGUUUGUGAAGUUCUUCCCCAGUUUUAUUUGGGCUGUGAGGGAUUUUACUCUACAGCUGAACAUCAACGGCCAAGACACAACAGAGGAUGAAUAUCUGGAGUUUGCUCUGAAACUAAAGUUAGGUACAUCGCCUAAAGUGAAUACUUACAACCUUCCAAGAGAGUGCAUUCGGAAAUAUUUCCCAUCAAGAAAAUGUUUCACCUUCCCAUUCCCGACCAAGCCGGAGAACAUCUUAUAUCUAGAGACGCUGGACCCAGCUGAGAUUUCCAAACAUUUCUUGGAGGUCGCCGAUCAUUUCUGCCAGUUCAUAUUUAAUCAUAGCCAAAUAAAACAUCUGACAGAUGGACACAAGGUCACUGGUAGAGUUUUGGGUCAUCUUGCGAAAACAUACGUGGAGACCAUCUCUAGUGGGGCUGUGCCAUGUCUGGAGAACGCUGUGAUCGCUAUGGCCACAAUUGAGAACGAGGGUGCGGUGAAGGAGGGACUUGAGGUCUACAAGAGUGGAAUGGAGAAGCUGAAAAACUCUUAUCCUCUGGAACUGAAUAAAAUCAAUGCUGAACAUCAGCGUUUACAUCUCAUGGCUACACAAACCUUCAUGAAACGCUGCUUCAGGGACAAUGAUGGGAAGUACUUGACAUCUUUAGAGGAAGCCAUCAAUCAUGAGUUUGAUAGAUAUCUCUUGGACAAUGAGAAGGCUUCUGAGGGAAAAUGUGAAUGUAUUAUAUCAGGUCUCUCUAAACCAAUGAACGAAGGAAUCACUGGAGGAUACUAUGCAAGACCAGGAGGUCAUAAUCACUUCUGUCGGGACCUGGAGAACAUUGUGAUUCAGUACAACACACUGACCACUAAAGAAAUCAAGAGUGCUGAGGUGUUGGAGAAGUUUUUACAGGAAAAGGCGGCCAUUACAACAUCUAUCAUGCAGGCUGAUAAUAAACUAACUGAAAAUGAAAGAAGGACUUGGGAGGAGAGAAAGAGGACAGUACUUCUGGAACAAGAAAAUAAGACCCAGAAAGAGAAGCAGCGUCAAUUGGAGAAGAAGAUAGAGAAUGAACGUUACAGUAACAAUGAGAGAAUGAGACAGGUCACGCAGAGGAUGAAAAAUGAGAUGUUUCUCCAAAAACAGCAGAUGGAGCGUGCGAUGGAGAGCAAGCUAAGGGAAAAGACUGCCCUGGAGAAGAGCUUUCAGGAGAAAGCAGAUAGGAUGGCCCGGGAGAUUGACGAGUUGAAGAGAAAGAAUGCUGAGGCAGAGGCGAGAACCUCGAGAAGUUAUGCGCAGAUGAUAGAAGAUCAGCGGCGAAGAAAUGCACAAAAAAUUGAGGCGUUGAGGCAGCAGCAUAGACAGCAGAUGGAAGCAAUUAAAAGCAGACCCCAAAGUUCAUCUUCAUCCUGUUCUAUACAAUAAAAUGUGUUUAAAUUAGAGUUGUUCCGAUUCCGAUACCAGUAUCGGAAAUGCGGCCGAUACCACAAAAAAUUCUGGCAUCGGAAUCGGCGAGUACUUGAACCCAUGUACCGAUCCGAUACCAUUUUCCUAAUAAACCUAGUUAUGCUCGUUAUAGCUAACGCUGCAAAGCGAAACUCAUUUCUUCUUCGCUGCUCUGAAUGCGAACACCAGUAAUUUACCUCAUGCGUGACGCAACCACUGUUUACUUAGAGCGGCAAAGGAAUGAAAGCAUGCAGCCGUAUGUCCACUGUUUGUAAGUAUUUCAGACUAAUAAAACAUCGACAUGUCUCAACGGAAUCCGCGCCCGCAGAUUUCCACAGAAAACUCCGCAGAUUUAAUGCCCGUGAUUGACAAGCACACAUACCCCGCGCUUGAGAUUUGAGAUGUCAUUGACAACAAGCACACAUACCCUUAUGCGUUUGUGAGCAGCAUUGACAAGUACAUGAACCCUGCGCGUGCUGUUUGCUGUGAUUGUUUUUAAUGAUAAGAGUAUGAACCGUUUGAUAUAUGAGAUGAAAUAAAACUUACCACUGAGUUUAACCGCAAAUCGUACUUGUCUCUGUCGUCUAUGUGACGCGAAAGUCAGCACACAUCAUCAUUUCAAAUCAGUUUACAAGACGAAUGCUCUUGUUAUGUUUAAUAUAAAGUUUACAUUGCGUUAUAAAAAUGAUGAAAUUAUCUUCAUACGUGCCCAAUUCAUAAUAAGAACGUAGUAACACAAGCUUUUAUUUUGCUAUAAUAUAUAUUAACAAUAAUAUAUGUCAUUUUAGGCUACAAACUAUAAUUCUAUCUUGACAUGCACAUUAUCUGCUUCAUGUUGGUCCGGUUUAAUUCAGAGGACUCAUUGGUUUGGUGUAUUCAUUUUAAUUGUAAGCCUUUAAAAAGUAAUUAUUUUAGAUGCAAUUUUGUACUAUUUAAUAGCUUAAAUUCUUUAAUUUAAAACCAUCCCGAAGAAUUCCACAGAUUUUUCCAAUUAUUCUAAAACUAAAACAGCCUUUCAGUUUACAGUGUUAGAUUUGUGGCUGAUUUUCUCAUAAGAAAAAUAAAUAUUACUGUUAAAUGUCUUUCAGAUAAUAAAAAUACUAGUUCACUCUAUGUAUUUGUUAAUGUUUUAUACAAGAAUAAGUCUGAAGCACACCAUAAAACAGUUAUAUCCAUUCAUACAGGGCUAGUAGUAUGUACAGCUGUAUAUUAUACAGAGACACACCCAGGUAUCGGAUCGGU